GUUUAAAAGAAAAUAGGAAGAAAAAUAAACCCAUUACUGCCAAGUAUGACCCGGUACAACUGGUCCACAGAAUUUACUUUCCGGAGCGCGUCCAACAAAUCCCUCAAUGCCAGCGAAAUGCCAGAGGGCUGGGACGAGGCAACGUUGCUUGGCUUGAAAGUUUCGCUGGCUGCCAUCUUGGCUGUGAUCACGUUGGCCACGAUGCUGUUCAAUAUCUUCGUCAUCAUCACGAUUAUUCUCACCCGGAAACUCCACACUCCCGCCAAUUACCUCAUUGGCUCCUUGGCGGCCACAGACCUCUUGGUGUCCAUCCUCGUCAUGCCCGUAAGCAUCGCUUACACCGUCAGCCACAUCUGGACCUUCGGCCAAAUCAUGUGUGACAUCUGGCUGUCCUCGGACAUCACCUGCUGCACGGCUUCCAUUUUGCACCUUUGCGUCAUCGCCUUGGACAGGUACUGGGCCAUCACGGAUGCACUCGAAUACACCAAGCGCCGGACUGCCGGCAGGGCUGCCCUCAUGAUUGCCAUCGUUUGGGUCAUCUCCAUCUGUAUCUCCAUGCCACCACUUUUCUGGAGACAAGCCAAAGCUCAUGAAGAACUGGCCUCCUGCACAGUGAACACGGAUCAAAUCUCCUACACCAUCUACUCCACCUGCGGUGCCUUCUACAUCCCAACCGUCUUGCUCAUUAUCCUCUACGGCAGGAUUUACGUGGCUGCUCGGUCCCGCAUACUCAAGCCACCGUCUCUCUAUGGGAAGAGGUUCACCACGGCCCACCUCAUCACCGGCUCGGCGGGCUCUUCCCUCUGCUCCAUUAGUUCAAACCUCCACGAGGGGCAUUCUCACUCUAGUGGCUCCCCAGUGUUUAUCAACCACGUCAGGAUCAAAGUGGCCGAUAGCGUCCUCGAAAGGAAACGGAUUUCUGCUGCCCGAGAAAGGAAAGCCACGAAAACCUUAGGGAUCAUUCUAGGCGCAUUCAUUUUCUGCUGGCUACCCUUCUUUGUGGUGUCUUUGGUCUUGCCCAUUUGUCAGGAGGCCUGCUGGACCCAUCCCAUCCUGCUUGACAUUUUCACAUGGCUAGGCUACCUGAACUCACUGAUCAACCCUGUGAUAUAUACUGUUUUUAAUGAAGAAUUCAAACAGGCUUUUCAGAAGAUGAUUCGAUUUAAAAAGUGCUCCUAGCCAUCUGGUUUUGACCCAACAACCAAUGCAUAAUCUUUUGCCCACCUGUGCACAUAGUUUCC